UCGCACCGGAAACGGAAGUCUCCCUGAAGACGGAAGUGGAAACUGCGACUAUUUCUCCCCCCCCCCCCCAAUAUCUUUUACCUUUACUGGAUCGCUUCAUUUUGACAACGCUACUCCGGGACCCCAAGAGCGGAGGGGGUGCAGGUGUCCAUAUGAACGAACACAGUUCUAGUCUUCCAACAACACUUUAAACUACUUACAUCAAUUUGCAGCAGCAGACAUGAGUGGCUCCAAACCUGAUAUUCUGUGGGCCCCACACCACGUUGAUAGAUUUGUUGUCUGUGACUCAGAGCUCAGCCUCUACCACAUUGAAUCUGCUGUCAGUUCUGAACUCAAAGCAGGAUCACUGCGUUUAUCUGAAGAAACUACAGCUACCCUUUUGUCCAUUAAUUCAGACACUCCGUAUCUGAAAUGUGUGGCUUGGUAUCCUAAAUAUGAUCCUGAAUGUCUCCUGGCAGUUGGGCAGGCCAAUGGCCGAGUUGUCCUUACCAGCCUUGGCCAAGAUCAUAACUCAAAAUCCAAGGAUCUGAUAGGAAAGGAAUUUGUUCCAAAGCAUGCUCGGCAGUGUAACACUCUGGCAUGGAAUCCACUGGACAGCAAUUGGCUUGCUGCAGGUCUAGAUAAACAUCGGGCUGAUUUUUCAGUACUAAUCUGGGACAUAAGUAGUAAAUACACUCCAGAAACUCCAGUUGCUGAGAAAGUAAGGCUUCCAUCUGGAGACACUGAAGCAGGACUUGUUGUGACAAAACCACUUUAUGAAUUAGGCCAGAACGAUGCUUGCCUCUCUCUCUGUUGGCUUCCACGGGAUCAGAAACUUCUUUUAGCUGGAAUGCACCGAAACUUGGCUAUCUUUGACCUCAGGAAUACAAGCCAAAAGAUGUUUGUGAAUACGAAGGCUGUUCAGGGCGUAACGGUUGACCCCUACUUCCAUGAUCGUGUGGCUUCCUUCUAUGAAGGUCAGGUUGCUAUAUGGGACCUUAGAAAAUUUGAAAAGCCUGUAUUGACCCUGACUGAACAACCAAAACCUCUAACUAAAGUAGCAUGGUGUCCAACGAGAACUGGAUUGCUAGCUACUUUGACUAGGGAUAGUAACAUAAUCAAGCUCUACGAUAUGCAGCACACUCCUACACCUAUUGGGGAUGAAACUGAGCCUACAAUCAUUGAAAGAAGUGUGCAGCCCUGUGAACACUAUAUUGCUUCCUUUGCAUGGCAUCCCACUAAUCAAAAUCGAAUGGUGGUUGUGACUCCAAACAGGACUAUGUCUGACUUCACUGUGUUUGAAAGGAUCUCUCUGGCAUGGAGCCCCAUUACCUCUUUAAUGUGGGCAUGUGGGAGGCACUUGUAUGAGUGCACAGAAGAUGGGAAGGCUAAUUCUUUGGAAAAAGACAUAGCCACUAAAAUGCGUCUUAGAGCUUUGUCCAGGUAUGGCCUUGACACGGAACAGGUCUGGAGAAACCACAUGCUAGCGGGAAACGAAGACCCACAACUGAAGUCACUUUGGUACACUCUGCACUUUAUGAAGCAGUAUACUGAGGAUAUGGAUCAGAAAUGCACAGGAAACAAAGGAUCUUUAGUUUACGCAGGCAUCAAAUCUAUCGUGAAAUCCUCUAUGGGAACAACAGAGAGCCUCAGGCACAGCAGGAGUGGAUCAGACAGGCAGGCUGACAUUAUUCAGUAUCUGAGUGAGGAGAGGUCACUGGCUUUGCAGCUUUGUGGAUGGAUAAAGAAGGGCACAGAUGUGGAUGUGGAACCCUUUUUAUCCUCUUUGGAACAGGAAGGAGACUGGGAGCGAGCUGCUGCUGUAGCUCUAUUCAACUUGGACAUUCGAAGAGCAAUACAGAUAUUGAACAAAGGAGCGUCUUCUGGAAAAGGUGAUCUAAACCUCAACGUGGUGGCCAUGGCGUUAUCAGGCUAUACUGAUGAAAAGAACUCCUUGUGGAGGGAAAUGUGCAGCACCCUAAGGUUACAGCUCAACAACCCUUAUCUGUGUGCCAUGUUUGCUUUCCUAACAAGUGAAUCAGGUUCUUUUGAUGGGGUUUUGUAUGAAAGUAAUGUAGCUGUACGAGACAGAGUGGCAUUUGCUUGUAAAUUCCUAACUGAUGCUCAGCUGAAUAGAUUCAUUGACAAACUGACAAAUGAAAUGAAGGAAUCUGGGAACCUUGAAGGAAUUCUUCUGACAGGACUCACAAAAGAUGGAGUGGAUUUGAUGGAAAGCUAUGUUGAUAGAACAGGAGAUGUUCAAACAGCGAGUUAUUGUAUGCUGCAGGGUUCUCCAUCCGAUGUGCUUAAAGAUGAGAGGGUUCAGUAUUGGAUUGAGAACUACCGGAAUCUAUUGGAUGCAUGGCGGUUUUGGCAUAAGCGAGCAGAAUUUGACAUUCAUCGGAGCAAGCUGGAUCCCAGUUCAAAACCUUUAGCCCAGGUGUUUGUAAGUUGCAAUUUUUGCGGAAAGUCAAUCUCGUACAGCUGCUCAACCAUCCCUCAUCAGGGCCGAGGAUUCAGUCAGUAUGGUGUAAGUGGCUCCCCGACCAAAUCCAAAGUCACAAGUUGUCCUGGUUGCCGCAAGCCUCUUCCUCGCUGUGCACUUUGUCUCAUAAAUAUGGGCACUCCAGUUUCCAGCUGUCCAGGAGGAUCAAAGUCAGAUGAAAAGGUGGAUCUUAGCAAGGACAAGAAAUUGGCCCAAUUCAACAACUGGUUUUCCUGGUGCCACAACUGUAGGCAUGGUGGUCAUGCUGGACACAUGCUUAGCUGGUUCAGGGACCACACUGAAUGUCCUGUUUCUGCCUGUUCCUGCAAAUGUAUGCAGCUGGAUACAACGGGGAAUCUUGUCCCUGCAGAGAUGAUCCAGCCAUGAAACAUUAGAGCUUAAAUAAGGUCCUUCACAUGAGAGGCUUUCUCAAAUAGGUGUCCCUCAUAGCCCAAACACAUACCUCUGAACGUGUUACUAUUGACUUGCCUGUAAUAGAAAAAUAAAUCAUCCUAUCACAUCUGCAAUUUGAUGUGGUUGAUUUUGAUGUGUUUUGCAUUGCCAGAUACUGCCAGACUCGACUCUUCAAAUCUGGCGUGUGGACUUUGUUCAGUGGGUUGUGAAGCAGUUCAUUUCAGAGGCAUUUAUAGGUUUCAUUGAAAUUCAAAGCAACCUUCAGGAAGACUUUCAGUAUUACACUGUCCAGACCUUGAGGCUUCCAUCUGAGAUGAAGUGGCAUCAUUUGCUGUGCUUUGGUAACUCCAUGAACCUUCAAAACACUCUUGAAAACUCUUCUUGGAAAGACAGUCAUGCUGGAUAUCCAGAUGUUUCCACCAGCAUUUUUUCUAGCUUAGAUUUUAAAGUGUUUAUGCUCCCAUCUAUAACUUAGCUCACACUGCAUUGCUUUUCUGUAACACUCCUAAGACAAUCUUUGCAUGAGUUGAGCUGCUUUGGUUUGGAUGAGUAAAUAGUAUCUCAAUGCCAGUGUAACACACUUUGUGGGGCAUCCCAAAAUAAUGUAGUUAUUGUUUAAAAGCUUCAGAUUAAUACCGGACUGUAGCAAUGUAAGUUCAAUGAUGUGAAAGACCUAACCUUUGAAAAAAAUGACAGCUUACCUGUAUUCCCGAAACAUACUAUAGUGUGAAUUGCAUACAUCCAAAUUUUGCUUUGGGUCAAGAGCAGACACCCCCAAACUGCGGCCCUCCAGAUGUUUUGGUCUACAACUCCCAUGAUCCCUAGCUAAGAGGACCAGUGGUCAGGGAUGAUGGGUAUUGUAGUCCAAAACAUCUGGAGGGCCGAAGUUUGAGGAUGCCUGGUCAAGAGGAUAUUCAGGAUAUUCAUUUGCAGCAGAAAACCACGAGCAUAUAAUACACAAUCAAGAACAGCCUGAGACAUUAGUUAAAAGUUCACUUACAAAAUGUGGAUGACAUAGAAUAUCACCUGCCUACUUGUGGCAAUGGCUGCUUGUAUCAGAAGAAGAGUUUGGAUUUGAUAUCCCGCUUUAUCACUACCCUAAGGAGUCUCAAAGCCGCUAACAAUCUCCUUUUCCUUCCUCCCCCACAACAAACACACUGAGGUGAGUGAGGCUGGGAGACUUCGGAGAAGUGUGACUAGCCCAAGGUCACCCAGCAGCUGCAUGUGGAGGAGCGGAGACACGAACCCAGUUCACUAGAUUACGAGUCUUAACCACUACACCACACUGGCUGUCGGAUGUUGAUGAGCAAAUAAAUUUCACCCCUCCCAAAAAAACUCCCCAUCAACCUGGUUUAAACCUAUGUCAAAAUAAAAAAGGAGCUUAUCGAUUUUGAUAGUGGAUAGUAUAUAAUAUACUUCAAUAGGGUAAAAUAUAGAAAGGGAACAUUGCCAUGAAAUGAAUAUAGAAGAUAGCAAUACACUGGCAUAGAACACUAGUGCAGGUGUAGGGAACUUUAGAUUUUGCUGAACUACAACUCGCAAUAUCAGUGGCCAUGUAUACUGGGGUUGAUAGGAGAGCCAAAGAUUCCUCACACCUACUGUAGUGCAUGUUACAUUUUAUUUUACAUUUUUUUCUACUGUUAAUUAGCAACAUGCCAAAUAAGCUGCAUUCAAACUUUCACUAGUCAACUAGAAAAUUGAAAUUCCUUUGUGCACAUUUUCAAUGCAAUGUAAUAAUUGUUUGGCCUAUAUUAUAGCUGCCUAAUUGACAAUCUUCUGUUGGCUUGGAUGCAAAGAAUCCAAGCCAAGCUUUCCUGCCUACUUUCUCACUGCAUCAUGAAGGGCAAUGUGGUGGAGUGGGUAGGUCAAAAACUGGCCACAGAUGCAAGUGGGAGAGAAGUUCUACUUGCAUGCAAGGCCACUUUGGAUCCAAGCUUCCCGUCUUUGUACAAAGAUACGAUGUUAAAAGGGGAGGGGGGAAACAAAUGCUUAAUGGAAGCAGAAAUAUUUAUUUCUAUGUACACCAUUUUGUUAAUUGUUGCAUUGCCUUAGUCAAAGACUACUUCCUGUCAGAAUUGCAUUUUUACUAUUGAUCAAUAUUUGAGAUGCAUAUCACAAUAUCUAAGUUCCUGUAUUUUUGUAGUUGCUUCAAUACAUUUCCAGAAUAUCUAGAAUUAAUUUUAAGCCAUUAAGAGUAACUUAUAGACUUUAUUUUUGUGCCCUUAUAUUCAAAGUAUUAAAAGAGCUCUGAUGUUAAUAUGGUGUUUCCUUCCCUUCUGUAAAUACUGAAUAUGUAAAUAGGAACUGCUAUUAAUAUGUUACCCAGUUGUCUUAACAGUAUUUUUGUAAAAAGAAAGCAGCUGUAUUUGCUGACUUUGAGAGGGCACAAAGUCUUGUGUACAUGAAAGUUCUGUAUGAACAUCUUAACACUCAGUGCUCAAUGAUGCAGGGGCUGUACUGCAUAGAUUGUUCUGACUCAAAGUCCGUUCUUGGGCAUUUCGGCUUGUGUAUGUAUUUCUGUAGACAGAGGAGUUUUAACCACUUCUGUUAAUACAGUUGCUUCUCCUUUUGACAUUGUAAAAUAAAAGCUUAAUGUAACUUCCCAUUUUGAUUAAGCUGA